UUUGAACUCUUAUUCAACGAUACAGUUGUCAUUCAUUUGAGAAGACUUCAAGAUGUUUCGAUGUUAUUUAUCUGUGGUGUGGAUGUUUUCUGUAUUUCCCUGGAUAGAGGGAUUGAUAAUCGAAGACUUUCGCCUGUCGGGGACACGUGUACCUAGCGAAGGACUGCUGGAAGCGAAAGUAAACGGCACUUGGGGUGCCGUCCGCUACAUAUCCCGGUACAAUUGGCGAGAUCCGCUAGAUGACCUCGUUUGUAGGACAUUCGGAUAUGUAAAUGAAUCUGUGAUGCAGCCCCUAGAUUACGGAACACCGGAUGCCGCCUUUACAAUCCAACGCUGUCCCGUCGAUGUGACGUCACUGCAAAUGCUCAACACAUCAUGCGAACUCCAGGCAGGAAAUCCGCAGUCUGACUAUGACAACAUCUUUAAAACCAUAAACUGUCGAGCGUUACAACUGGUAGACGGCCCUUCUCCACUGGAGGGUCGGCUGGAGGCGGGACUGUUCGGGCAACUGCAGGCCGUCUACGGGCGUAUCUUCGAUGAAAGGGCGGCAAAUGUCACGUGUACAUCACUAGGAUAUCCCGGAGUUCGCUCCUAUAACACCAGCACGCAUUAUGGCGCGGGAAAACUACCACUGUAUACACGCAACAUCCAGUGCACGGGUACCGAGCUUUCACUCGAGCAAUGUACUCACUCUGGGGACUACACUGCGCCAAGCACACCGGCUGACGUCGUCAGUGUUUCUUGCGAAGGCGGACCACUAAAGUUGGAGCAGAGUAAGGGCAAUCGUUCAUACGAGGGGAUACUAGUCGGUUACCAUGACAACAUUUGGUAUGACGUCGUCGGUCAAGUUUCGGAAACAACGGCGAAGACAAUGUGUUCUAUUCUUGGAUUUGGCUAUGUCGGUUUCGCCACUCGUGCGCAUCCUGGCAAGAAUCUGCAUUACUACAAACAAAACAUUGUAUGUCAAGGUCACGAGAAAUACAUAGAGGAGUGUCAGGGCGAGCUGAAAUACUGCGUCGAACAGAGAUAUUACCACUGUACAAUCAUGUCAAACAGCUUAACUCACGUAGCUCUCUUUUGCUCUGACUACACACUGGAUAGUAUCAGCCUAUCAGCGACCGGCGUUAUACAAGUGGGCGUGAAUGACCAGAUAUGGGCUGUCUGUGACGCCUACUUUACUCCAGAAACAGCCAAUAGCGUCUGUACUGUGCUUGGUUUUCAUGGAACAGGAAGCUUCGAAGUUAAGCCAACGGGCGAUAAUUCAGAUAUGAAAAUACUGGGGUCGAUAAUAUGUAAGCCGAAUGCAACAAGCGUUAUCGACUGUCACAUCAAGCACCAGUUCAGUUAUCGUCCCUACGAUUCAUCGGCGGAGUGUAGAAACUAUGUCCUGCUGACAUGCAACUGAUAUCUUUUGUAGAUAUUAACCAUGUCCGAAUGACUUGAACAUGCAGUUACAUAGUGUCUGAAUUAACUAAAAGCGAAUGUUUUUUAAUAUCAUUAAGUUUUUUCUUGCUUAAAUAAAGAUAUUGACAUA